AUGGUUCGCUUCUCUAUUAUUACGGUUAUUGUGAGCGCAUGCUGGUUAGCUCAGUGGAUGGAGGCGAAAAAGGACCGCAUCGAUCCGGACGCGGAGAACGAGUAUUGGGAUGCCAUCAAGGACCACAAGAUCCAGAAAGAGAUUCCCAAGUUAAACGACGAGGGAGAGAUCAACUUGCCACCAACCGACGGAACGCCAUAUUUGAAAGUGGUUUGCAUCUCGGACACCCAUGAGCAAUUGCAUAAUGUUACGGUCCCAGAUGGUGACGUCUUGAUCCACGCCGGUGAUUUUACCAACAAUGGAAAACGCGAGGAGUUGAUCAAAUUCAACGAGGAGAUGACGCGUUUCCCACACAAAUACAAAUUGGUGGUGGCUGGAAAUCACGAGUUGGGAUUUGAUCAUGAUGAGAAUCAAAGUGACCGACAGGACCAGGAUAAGGGGUUGGGUACCGAGGAGGGAUACAAUUUGCUCACCAAUGUCACCUACCUUCAGGAUAAGGAGAUUGUGAUUGAUGGAGUAAAAUUCUUUGGCUCAUCAUACCAUCCACUUCGCGGCUUCCCAUUUUACCGUACCCGUGCACGUGAGCUUAAAGAAUGCUGGAGAGCAGUCCCAAACGACACUGACGUUCUUAUCACACACACUCCACCACUAGGUUAUCUCGAUCAGUUUGGAGACGAGCGUUGGGGAUGCCGAGAUCUUCUGUCGACUGUCGAGAGAAUCAAGCCAGCUUAUCACAUCUUCGGACACGUCCACGAGAGACACGGAUGCCUCUUCAAUGAUCAUACGUACUUCAUCAACGCCGCUCAAUGCAACAAAGGAAACGUGAUUCAAACCCGUCCAUUUGUCUUCUACAUUCCAAAAAAGACCUCAUCCUGA